CAUCAGGUUGCUGCCCGUUCUUUGGUUGCCGUGACUGAAUACCUUCUUGUUCGAGCAGUCGGGCAAAUCCAAUCCACGAUGCCGGCUUCCUGUCAGGAUAUCAGGAACGCACUGGCGCAAUGCCUCCAAGAAUCCGACUGCAUCAUGGUCCAGCGACACAGCCCGCGGGAGUGUCUCAGUGACCCUCACGUCGACCAGCUUCCGAUGCGAUGCCAGCAGCUGCGGAAGGGCUUCAGCGAGUGCAAACGCGGCUUGAUCGACAUGCGCAAACGAUUCCGCGGGAACCAGCCCAUCUCGGUAUCGACGGAACUCGAGGGCGGAAGCUCCAACAAGUCCCAGCAAUUGUAUGCGGGCAAGCCGGCGUUCGAGUCGGUCAAGGAGAUCAGUGGAGAUGAGGUGAAGAUGGAUCCCGAGAAGACCAGAGGUCUGUGAUCGCGGGGGGGAAAAAGAAAUGAUUGGUGUUACCCAAGGGGAGGCGGGCAAGUUAGUUGUCAUCAAGAACAACCACCCUCCAGCUUGGCACUCGUAACGUUUUUUCUGCGUUAUACCAUUCCCCAGCCCCCUCGGGACUCAACUGCUCUGCUCUAUCUUUUUAUGCUCUUUGUUUCUGUUUCAUCUGCACUGGCAUGGUUUUGGAGUUGAUUGGAAGAAUAUCUGGGACUGUGCUUUCCCUCCUCUCAUGUGAUUAAUCUAGGACUACGUUCUGGGACUAUUGUACUGUACAUACUUUGAAAGAAGCUCUUGCGAAUAUUCUCU